ACAAUGAGUCUGUCAGCCAAAGAAAAAGAUCUUAUUAGAAGCUUCUUCAGCAAAGUGUCUGGAAAGAUGGAUGUUGUUGGUCAUGAGGCUCUGUCCAGAAUGCUGAUGGUCUACCCUCAGACCAAGACCUAUUUCUCCCACUGGAAAGACCUGACUCCUGGCUCUGAGCCAGUGAGGAAACAUGGGAAAACCAUCAUGGAAGGUGUUAAGGAAGGAGUCAACAACAUUGAUGACCUUCCUGCAGGUCUUGUCAACCUCAGUGAACUGCAUGCGUACACACUGCGAGUGGAUCCAUCCAACUUCAAAAUCCUGUCUCACUGCAUCCUUGUGGUUCUCUCCAUGAUGUUCCCUGGUGACUUCACUCCUGAGGUGCACGUCGCUAUGGACAAGUUCCUCACCAAUGUGGCCCUAGCUCUGUCUGAGAAAUACCGAUAA